CUGCACCAGUCGUGUUUUGAUUGGGAUUUGCCUCCCUGGUGGAAUUAUCUGGAGCUCUGGGAGCGAGUCUGGUACUACGAGGAGGGGGGGCUGCUGUACGAGCAAUCACCUCCCAUGCACAUCAAAGUGGAGUCUCCGGAGGGACCCUUUGGAGGGGGAGCCUCAGAGAACGGCUUCCCCAGGGAGGACGAGGACUCGGACGGCAGCUGUGACCAGAACAGCGGCCUACCCGGUGGACUCCCCUUCAACGUGGUGGUGGUGCAUCCAAACAUCAUGGCACCUGGCAUGUCCUCGGACGACAUCUUAUCCAUUGAACAAAACAGAGCUAUGUCAGCUGCGCUGGCAGCUGGCGGAGCAGGAAAGAGAAAGAGUCGUUUCAGUGGAGCAGAGCUGGAGGUGUUGGUGUCAGAGGUGACCCGGUGCGAGGGAGAGCUAUUCGGCCCCGCAGGGAGACUCCGACGCCGUGAGAGAGAGCGUAUCUGGGCGGGAAUACUGGAGAGGGUCAACGCUGUGUCCAGAGUUCCACGCACUCUUAGGGAGGUGAAGAAGCGCUGGGACGAUUUAAAGAGGCGAAAUGGAGGCCGACUGGCAGAUGCCCGUCAUCGCAGCUGUUACCUGCCAUCUGGCAGAGGGCCCUCGAUGCUUGGGCGUCCCAUCCAACCAAGCCCACGGCUUCAACAAGCCAGGCAGAAGCAAAGCACCAGACCAAAGCCAAGUUUCCCAUGCUUCCCUGACUCUGACACAGGUGUGGGAAUGGAGGGAUCAGAGAGAGAUGGUUUUGAGAAAGAUGAGGACAAUCCUGAACGUGAAAGAGAGGUGGGAGAACCUGACUGUGAGCCAGUAGAGAACAGUAUGGAGGACAAACUGGGAUUAGGACUAGGUCUGGGAAUAGGACCUCCCCCUCCAUCGGAAAGAUGGUUGCCUCCGUCCCCUCUCUAUAGUGCUCCUUUCCUCAAUGGCAGUCCACAACCCAGCAGUCCCCAGCCAUCACUUGGAGGACACCAGGGUCCUCUUGAAGCCCCCCCACGUAGCUCCUGGCUUGAGGAUGAGCUUCGAGGAUUGGGGGAGGCUGCAAUUCAGCUGGGAAACAGGGUAGAAAAGAGUCUCCAGGAUUUUGGGGAAGGUUUCAGACAGGACAUGAGGACCCUUGUCGCUUCACAAGAGGCAUUAGCGCUCAGUCUACAGCAAAACAACGUCCUCUUGCAAAGGCUUUUGGGGGUGCUCGAGGCCCAGCAGCAACCCCAGCCACAGCAACAUCGUGUGCAACAGGCGCCGCCGUCACAGACACCUCAGCAGCACUUACAGCCACAACCAGUUCAGCAGCAGCUACAGCACACAGAGCCACAACAGCAGGAGCGGGUUGAAACCCCACAGCAGCCUCAUGCUGUGCAACAGCUCUCACAGCAGCACCAACUGCAGACACUAAUGGAAACGUGCCGAGGCCCCGACGUGGGCGAGCUGUUGACCACAGGCGCAGAAGACGGCGCUGAGGAGAAUGUAUUUUAA